UGCGCGAGCGUGCAUCCUGGCUGAAAUUUCAACGUGUUGGAAGAACAGGAAAACUUGGAUUUUGUCUGUUUAUGUCUCGGUGCCGAGAUUGAGUUUGAUUGUGAACGACUGUGAACAUGAACAAGUAAACAUUAGUCGAUUCAUGAAGACAGCAAACAUGAUGAGCUGAUGAAAACCAGUUGUUGGUGACUUUUUUGUAGUGAACUAUAAACUGUACUUAUUGAGCUUCUCACAACGAAAGCUCAUAGUGUGGCACGUGUGGCCUUCCUUCACACACGCUGAGUGGAUAUUAGAUCCAUCGAGUAUUAACUGGAUUUGCUGAGUUUCCAUUCCAUGCCAUCACCAUGGUGUUGUCACAGAGACAGAGAGAAGAACUAAAUAAAGCCAUCGCGGAUUACCUGCGAUCAAAUGGCUAUGAGAAUGCUCUACAUGAGUUCCAGAAAGAGGCUGAUUUGCCUGGAGAUGUAGAAAGAAAGUACAACGGACUCCUGGAGAAGAAAUGGACUUCAGUGAUCAGACUACAGAAGAAGGUGAUGGACCUGGAGUGCAAACUGAAUGAGACGGAGAAGGAAUAUACCACAGGAGGACCUAACCAGAAACGUUCUCCAACAGAGUGGAUACCGCGACCUCCAGAGCGUUACUCACUGACCGGCCAUCGUAGCACUAUUACUAGAGUAUUGUUCCAUCCUGUAUACAGUGUUAUGGUCACAGCUUCUGAAGAUGCUACGAUAAAGGUUUGGGAUUAUGAGGCUGGUGACUUUGAACGUACUCUCAAAGGUCACACGGACAGUGUACAAGAUAUAUGCUUUGAUCACACAGGAAAAAUACUAGCAUCAUGCUCGGCUGACAUGACAGUUAAGCUUUGGGACUUUCAGGCGUAUGAGUGCAUUAAAACAAUGCACGGCCAUGAUCACAACAUCUCAUCCGUUAGCUUCAUGCCCACCGGUGACUUUGUCGUGUCUGGGUCCAGGGACAAGACAAUCAAAAUGUGGGAGGUGGCCACAGGGUAUUGUGUAAAGACGUUUCAAGGUCACAGGGAAUGGGUGAGGAUGGUGAAAGUGAACUAUGACGGCUCCUUGCUAGCGAGUGCUUCCAAUGACCAGACUGUGCGAGUAUGGGUGGUAGCCACCAAGGAAUGCAAGCUAGAGCUGAGGGAACAUGAUCAUGUUGUAGAGUGUGUCAGCUGGGCACCAGAGUGCGCUCAUCCCACCAUCAAUGAAGCUAUCGGUGCAGAACUGACUCUGGUUAAUAAAAUUGAUGGAAAACAGACGAAGAAGAACCAGAGGUCAGGACCAUUCUUGGUGUCAGGAUCCAGAGACAAGAGCAUCAAGGUGUGGGAUGUUAGCGCUGGUGUCUGCAUUAUAACCCUGACUGGUCAUGAUAACUGGGUGCGAGGAGUUUUAUUCCAUCCAGGAGGCAAGUUCAUAGUGAGUGCGUCUGAUGAUAAGACCAUUAGGGUGUGGGAUUAUAAGAAUCGACGCUGUCAGAAGGUUCUCAACGCACACACACACUUUGUCACCUCCCUCGAUUUCCACAAGUCCGCUCCGUUCAUCAUCAGCGGUAGCGUUGACCUAUCAGUCAAAGUCUGGGAGUGCCGUUAAUGAUACCCAGGGUGGGUCUCAUCCUAUUUAAAUGUAUCUCUACUACUAUAUAACCAAUGGCAACCUUGUACAUGUAUGCACAGCUUUAACAUACAACCAGUCAUAUCUCUUACUAUUACUAGCAGACUAACUUCUAAGGGUUUCGUGUUGUUGGUUUGGGUGAUUUUUUGUUUCUGCCACCGUGUGUGUUUACUCGGUGGAGCAUGUUUAAAACGCCACAGUAAAGUCCAGUGAUUUGACUUGUGGUGUCUCUGUGUGUUGAUGAAGGGUGAAACAACAGCAUCCUAUCAAGUGGAACUUCAGAAUAAACUGAUAUUCUUUUAGGAUUAAACACCAACUGUGCAAAUUGUCAACUGGAAACUGGUUUAACGAAACACCUCCAAAAUAGGAUGACAUAUCAACAUUUAAUAAAUGUCUUGCACAAAGAUUUGUUGAUAUCGGAGUAAGGUUAAGUAAUUCCGAAAACUGUUUGCCACAUAACAGUCACUUUGGACUACAAAGUUAACUUUAGCCUGUUUUAGCAACCUGCUUUGGGAAAUUUUCAUUAAGAACCGAAAAAUGAUAUAGAUGCUGCUGUUACUACUUUCAUCCUCACACAAAACGAGGGGGGGGGGUCUAAAUUUGGUUUCAAGUACUACGCGGAAACUAGCACCCCGAGUGGCUAGAUUGACAAUAAUAUAAAGAAUUCUAGUAUUACCAUUGUGCUUUAACACUGUAGUGACAAUUAUUGUGUUUCGUUAGUUAAAAGUGCUCUGUUAAAAGACACCAUAUCGUAUUGCAUGAAAAGUCGCCUUUGGGAUAUUGGAAGUGCAUCUUGUUUUUCUUAAAUGUGCAUUGAAAGAGUACUUAAGAGGUGAUAAGAUAAUAUAUGUCAAAAGAUAAGUGCUAGUUUAGUGAAAUUUUUAGGAAAAUCACUUCGGUCAUUUGUCAACUGUUUUGGACAAAUUUAGAAAAUAAUUUGCUGUAUUUGUUACUACACGUUGCCUUUGAUCAGUCGAGUUGGUCUUUGAAAAGCG